UGCAGCUCCGCGAUGUUUAAGGUGGUGUCACUUACUUACUGGGGAAGUAUAGAGAGAGAUAUACUGGCGCGUAUCGACCGAGCAAAAACAAUUUUUUCCAUAGCUGCUUACAUAUUUCAACUAUUUAAGACAGCUCCGCUUGGACAGCAAUAUUUAUUUGAAAACUAUUAUGGAACAGUCCCAGGAAAUAUUGGACACGAUAGACAAUAGCAAUGAUACAAACGUGAUGGAGUUAUUGAAAGAAGCAAUUUCUGAUGAAAACAUUAUAGUUGAAUCAGAAGCUGCGGAAGAUACUGUAGAAACAGAAAUAGAGGAAAUUAUAGAAAUAAUAGAAGAAGUGGAAGAGGAAAGCGAAGACUGUUCGGAAAUUAACGAUCCAAUUGCAGAAGCGAAUAAUAAAGGAGAUGGGAAAAGUACAAAGAGAUUACAGAAUGAUCAGUUUAAUAAAAAUUCUGAAAUGGAAGUUUAUGUUUUGGAAGAAAACAGUUCGAGUAUGAAACAACAUUCUGAGAAUGAAAAUGAAGAUAAACAUCAGUCCCAUAUGAAUAGUAACAAGCAAGUUAUAACAUACGAUGUAGACGAAGAUUGGCAGGAUGAAGAUAUGGAUGAAGAGGAGGAAUUUGAGCAAGAUUCGGACACAAUGGAUCAUUGCAUAGAAUCUUUACAAGGACAACGAGUGCUACAUGGAGAUAGAACGUCUAUAAAUAAUCAAGUGAUUAGUUUUCCUUUACAAACAAAUAGAUCAGAAUCUAGAGAUAAUGCAGAGUUUCUAGAGAGAACAGAGAAAUCUAAACCAAGUCAAGAUCUAAAAAAUAAUGUAAAUAACGAAGAAAAUGUUGAUAGCAGCGUAAAUCAUGAGAUUGUGAAGAAUGUUGAAAACAAUUUGUUGUAUACUGUCCUUGGUACAAAAAAACAAAGUCCCGUAAAGACAUUACACAUUGAUAAACUUUCGGAUGGCCAUUUUAUUAAGAUGGAGCAACUUGACGAAAAUACCAUACCAGUUGAAGGAACAAUAUAUUAUGAAGGAGACAACAUAGAAGCCUUAUAUGUUGCACAAUCUGUAGAAAAUGAGCAGUAUCCAUACGAUGCUGUACCAAUGGAACAAGAAGAGCAAUUAUGGGACACUGCAGCCUCUGACACCAAUCAAAAUCAAGAAAAAGAGAAUUCUCAGGACCAAAUAUUUUUACACGAAGACGAAGAGGGUCAGUUAUACUUCAAGGACGACACUGGGACCUUACAGCCAGUAUAUUUAACCGAAGAUGGACAUUAUGCCAUUGCAGAAAAUGGUAAUGAUUCUGCUAGCAAAGAACCACAAGUUAAAUCUCAUCAAAAUGUCAGACAAAUUGAAGAGGAAUCUUAUCUUCUUCCGGAUAAUGAAAUUAAAUCCACUUAUAAUAACAAACAGAAUUCUACAGUGGCUGCUACCGAACUUGAAAACGAAGAUAAUACAGUGACCAUAUCCUUGAUAAUAUCCGAGGAUGAACAUGGUCAAAAAAGAACGCAAGUCAUUAUACCAACAACAGAUAAUCUAAAAUGCGAUAUUUGUAAUAAAAGUUUUAAAACGUCUUUUCAAUUACUUCGACACAACAGGCUGAAACAUGCCCGGGAAGAAGAUAUUACAACAAGAAACUUCCCGUGCGAUUUGUGCCCUAAAAGGUAUCCAGACCAAAAUACAUUAGCCCGUCAUAGAAAGACGCACACCGGUGAUCGACCAUUUCAAUGCCUCGAGUGUCAUAAAAAUUUUCCAACGUCUACCGCUUUGCGUCGUCACUUGACGCUUCAUAAUUCACAAUCUCGACCUCUUCCGUGCAUUUACUGUGGUCGUCGCUUCGUAGAGAAAGCUAGUCUGGCCAAACACGAGCAGUCACAUUUGGCUGAUGAACAGCGGGCCCACACGUGCGAUGUAUGUCAUAAGUCAUUCUUACAUGCGACUGAUCUGAGUCUACAUAAAAAGUAUCACGAUCCCGAUAAGAAAUUUGACUGUGAGGUUUGUGGUCGAGAGUUCAACCGAUUGAACAAUUUGCAGAGACAUAUGAUGGUACAUCAACAACAAGGGGCGAACGAGGAGAUACUCUCAUGUGACGUAUGCGGCAUCACGUAUAAAUUCAUGAGCUCAUUGACGAGGCAUAUGGUGACCACGCACAUGAAUCCGGAGAAACUUAGACAGCAAGCGGCCGAGCAACGAAGGAAACGGGAAAACAAUUAUCGGCGUUAUCUAGAAAAUCGUAAAACGUACGAGACACAACACUCGGGAGGAUACAGUACAAAACGCAAUUACCAACAUACGCGAUCGCUCAGGGGAAGUAACGAAGAAGCGGCCUGAUUUCCAUUUUCAAAGUCGUACGACUAUUGAGAAAAGUACCAUUAUUAAACCAUGAUUUUCAAAGGAAAUGAAGGGGGGCGAGAGCAACGGAAACAGAAAGAAAGAAAUAUAAGUCUGCGCGUGAUAUAGUGAUAUUCGUAUAUCAUUUUACUGCUAUAGCGACAAUAG